UAUUUUGGGUAUCAGCGACCUCCCGCUCAGGGCACGAGCCUGAGGCGUAGCAGGGACUGCACAGAGCAGGCACCGGCAGCCACGAGGGCCUGCACCAGGACACAGCCAUGCUCAUCUCAGCUUCGUCGAUGGCACCCGAGGUGGGUGGCCCGAGCGUCCGAGGGACCCCUGGACCCCCACCACCCCUGCUGCCUAAGCCAGGGAAGGAUAACCUUCGUCUGCAGAAGCUGCUGAGGAAGGCGGCCCGGAGGAGGAUGACAGGGAAUGUGCACCUCACCCCACCCGGGGCCUUCCGCACCUCCCUGUCCCCCGUGAGUGAGGCCAGCCAUGACCAGGAGGCUGCAGCCCCGCACACUGCAGAAAGCCCGCAUCCCGCCGAAGCCCCGAGCCCUCCUGAAGCCCAGAGCCACGCCGAGCCGCCCCGCAUGGUGGCUGCCCCACCCCACUCUCCGCACACCCCCAUCAUCCACCACGUGGCAUCACCCCUGCAGAAGUCCACCUUCUCCUUCAACCUCACCCAGCGCAGGAUUCUAGCUGCUCACUUCAAGGCCACGGGGUCCCAGGUUGUAGCCCCGGCCCCAGAACCUGCCCGGCCCCCCAGUGGCUUCGUCCCUGUCUCAGCCCCAGUGGCUGGGGGCACCCACAUCACCCAGGUGCACAUCCGGCUGGCACCAUCUCCACACGAUGGGACCCAGGAGCCCCCCAAGACAGACCCGGAAGGGGGAUCCCACAGCCGGGAUGGAGACAAAGCCCCAUGUCACCCCAGAGCCCAGGGCCCAGUCCCAGUGGCUCAUAUCCGCCCGCUGCCCACCGCAGCCCAGGCUGCCAGACCCUCGCCUGAGGAGCCCCUUGUACCCCGACUGCCACCUGGCUUCCAGGCCUCGGUGCCCAGAGAGGCGAGUGCCAGGGUUGUGGUGCCCAUAGCCCCGACCUGCCGAGCGCCGGAGCCCUCACGGCAUAGCCUGGCCCCCAUGGGCCCUGGUGGAGAGCAGCUGGAGGAGCCCCCGGUGGCUGGUCCCACCCCUGAGGCCGAGUGGGUGUCCAGCCCUGCCAGGGCCUCAUCCCCUGCGCCACCAUCAGGCCCUCACCCAUGCCCCAUCCCCAAAGUUGCACCCAAGCCCCGGCUCAGUGGCUGGACGUGGCUUAAGAAGCAGCUGCUGGAGGAGACCCAGGAGCCUCUGUGCCCGGGGCCACAGCAGAGCCUGGAGCCAGAGGCGACCGCCCCCACGGAGCAGGAGGUGUCCCGGGCCCCCGCCUCCCAGGCCCCCGCCUCCCGGGCCUCCAGGAUGUGGGAUGCCGUGCUGUACCGCAUGUCGGUGGCAGAGGCUGGAGGGCGCCUGGCCGGGCCCAGCGGUGGGGAGCACACCCCGGCCGGCCUUACCCGCCUGCCCUUCCUGUACCGGCCUCGCUUCAACGCCCGGAAGCUGCAGGAAGCUGCCCGGCCCCCUCCCACAGUCCGCUCCAUCCUGGAGCUGAACCCCCAACCCAAGAACUUCAACCGCACGGCAACCGGCUGGAGGCUCCCGUGACGUGGCCGGAACGGCUCCCAGGGCCCAGGACCAAGGAGGGGACAGAAGAGGGGGCUGAGGCUUGAGCUGGGGGCCCACAGUUGCAUGAGGAUGUGCCAGGGCCCAAGGAGCAUGGGUGCAGGGCAGCCUGAGGAGGGCACACGGGUGCUGAGGGAAGUCUGGGUGUCAGGGGGGAGGUAGGUGGACGGGGCAGAGAGGGCGAGCUGGGGCCCCUGGGCUGCAGUGUUGUGAGGGGAACAGAGAAGGGGUCUGCUGGGAUGUGGGAUGGGGCCUUGGGGUGAAAAGUUUAGGUAAGAUGGCAGAGCCUUGCACUACUGACCGAGCCCAGGCUUCUCGGGGGCCCCUGGGCCUCACAUUUUUCCUCCCUUUUGCUGUCAAAGGUUUGGGGGCAGAUCUCUGCUUGCUGACGCGUGGGCGUGGUCAGGCAGGCUGGGCCAUCAGCGCCAGGAGCAGAGUCAGCAGUUUUGUUGCCUGCACUUCCUGAUAGCAGAGCCAGACCCUGGGACUGGGGUGCAGGGGGAGCCCCCAGCCAGCGUGGGACUUGGCACCGAUACAAGUGCUCGGGGCAGGCAGGGAGGGGCUCAUCAGGGGUGGAGGAGGGCCCAGUGUUUCUCCUCUCACGGCCCACCUCUGCUUCCCCGCUUGGACUGACAGCCUGAGGGGGCAGAACUCAAGGGGCUCACUGGUGGGAGAGAGGGUCUCAGCAUCGGCCAUGCUCAGGGUUUCAUGGCUGGAGGAGGGGCUCAGUCCCAGCCCUGCGAGAGCAGCUUGGCCAAGUGGGGCCGAGAAGGGGCUGUGGCCCUGGUCGGGACAGUGGAGGGCCCCAGUAGGCAGUCAGCCAGGCUCUGGGGAUGUUGCCAGCCACAGGAGAGGGACUCAGAGGUACCAGAAACAGCCUCUGCUUGAGAGUCGGGGUUUAGCAGGGAAAGGUGGUAGGAUGCCAGCUGCCCCACCCUGGGUGGGAUGGGUGCUGGAAAUGGAGCCCGGGCCCCAGGUCACUAAUAAAUGUGUG